AUGCUGGAGGUCGCGACGUCGCUUUCAGAGCGCAUGGGCGGCCAAGUGCCACUGGCGAUGAUCGCCCUGGACCCACAGGUGCUCGAGUAUGGCCGGGCUCUUCUUGACAAGAAGGAGAAUUUGGGCCCCAGCAAGAUCUCCUUGCGGCAGAUCCUGGCCGAUGUUCUCGAAGGUGGGAGUGUGGAUCAGCACCGUUGGCUCACGGAUUCUUUGAGCCUCAGACUGUUCGCGUCAGGUGCCGGCGAGGAUCCCAAGCUUCUGAUCGAAGAUGCGGAGCCCUUUCCCAUGGUACGCCGCUCCAGAAGCCGGGAAGCGGUAAGCAGAUGUUAG